UUCUGCUUUCUGUAUUGUUAUUUCACUGUUCUCGAUACUUGUCAUUUUCACUUAUUUCUUCUUUUGUGACUUUACUCUCUCAUUACUUGAUUUUUUCGACGUUUGUUCGUCAUUUUGAUGUUUAGAUUAUCAAUUUAACAAUACUUUGAAAUUUGGACUUUUUUUCUAUCUCUCGUUCUCUCUAUAUAUCGGUGUUUGUUUUUAUAUGGAAUUUGAUUUUUUCCAUCAUUUGGAAUUAUAUUUGGUGGUUUGUGAAGGAUGAAUUGUUUUUAUUUGGCUUAUGUGUUGUAUGAUGGUUACUGUGUGCGUACAUUCAUGUGAUGAACGGUGAGUUAUUUGGGGGCAGAUUGUAGUUUUCUUUGCACUUUUUUUUUGGGGGGGUUUUAGGAAAGGAAUGGUGUUUUUUUUUUUUUAAGUUUGAAUUGAUUAUUUAUGUGUUUGUGGAAGCAUUUGGUGAACACAAGUUUGAUUUGGAUGAAGUUGAUUUUGUAAAAUUUGUUUGGUUAUAAAUUAUUUGAGUUUGAAUUAAGAGUGUUAUUAGUCUUAACUCUUAAAGCAUGUUUGAUGUGGAAUUAAGUAUCAAAUUUUACAUUUCUAGUUAAAAUUUUCAACUCUUGUUUGAUAGUAAGAAAAUCAAUUUAGACGGUUUUCACCGCUUACUAGUAUUUGGCUUUGAUAUUUAUUUACAUGGACAGACUUGUGCUUUUUUGUUUUUUCAAUUGUUUGAUAAUUGGAUUCGAUAUUUUGAUGAUUGUCAAUGUCUCAUUUUGUUUCAGGUGUAGGUAGGAAGAAUUCAAGGUGAUGCUAGUAGUUAGUCAGUAGCAUUCAUCUUCUUCUGUAUUGUAUUUCAAGUUUUAACUAGGCUGCAGUUAUGACUGUGAGUACUACUCAGCAAGAGAAGUUUGUUAGGUUUCAUGAUUCUAAUUCAGAGAAGUUUUCUGAGAGAAUUCAUCCUGCACUUAAUAAGCCAACACAGUCGAGGAAAUUUAGAAGCACAUUAAGUUCAUUUUCUGAGAAAUUUCAAAGGGGAUUGGAAUCUGGUUCUGAGAGGAUGGUGAGGUUCAGAACAAGAUUCGACUCUUUUCACCAGAACAGUGCUCUUUCUAGAAACUUUGGCUCUAAAUGGAAAAUACUUGAUCCGCUAGGUUCAUUCCUUCAAAAGUGGAACAAAAUAUUUGUAUUGUUAUGUGUCAUUGCUGUAUCACUGGAUCCUUUGUUCUUUUAUGUUCCUGUGAUUGAUGGUGAGAAGAAAUGCCUUUCACUGGAUAAAGGGAUGGAGAUUACAGCGACUUUUUUGAGAACUUUGUCUGAUGCAUUUUAUAUAAUCCACAUGAUUUUCCAAUUUCGUACUGGAUUUAUUGCUCCCUCUUCCCGAGUAUUUGGAAGAGGUGUUUUGGUAGAAGAUUCUUGGGCAAUUGCCAAGAGGUAUCUGUCAUCAUAUUUCUUAGUUGACAUUCUUGCAAUUCUUCCCCUCCCACAGGUGGUGAUUCUAGUUAUCAUCCCGAAGAUGAAUGGCUUUGAAUCUCUCAAUACAAAGAACUUGCUGAAAUUUGUUGUUUUCUUCCAAUAUAUGCCUCGGCUAUUACGAAUAAUUCCAUUAUAUAAAGAAAUUACAAGGACCUCUGGCAUACUCACUGAAACAGCUUGGGCUGGAGCUGCAUUCAAUCUCUUUCUUUAUAUGCUUGCAAGUCAUGUCCUUGGUGCCUUUUGGUACUUGUUUUCUAUAGAACGAGAAACCACAUGCUGGCAAGAAGCCUGUCAAAGUAAUAUCACGUGUAAGAAGGCAGAUAUGUACUGUAAUGACCAUGGGGGCGGGUUUAAGACAAUUUCAACAUUCUUGAAUGCUUCUUGCCCAAUACUGGAGGAAGAUAAAAAGAAAUUUGACUUUGGAAUUUUCCUUGACGCCCUUCAAUCUGGUGUUGUGGAGUCAAGAGAUUUUACCCAAAAACUCUUUUACUGUUUUUGGUGGGGCCUAAAAAAUUUGAGUUCUCUUGGUCAGAACCUAUCAACAAGUACCGAUUUUUGGGAAAUCUGUUUCGCAGUUUUCAUUUCCAUAGCUGGUUUGGUUUUGUUUUCAUUCCUCAUUGGAAAUAUGCAGACAUAUUUGCAGUCAACAACAACAAGAUUGGAGGAGAUGAGAGUAAAAAGAAGGGAUGCAGAACAAUGGAUGUCUCAUCGAUUGCUUCCUGACAGCCUGAGAGAACGAAUCAGGAGGUAUGAUCAAUACAAAUGGCAAGAAACCAGGGGUGUUGAUGAAGACCGUUUAAUUCAUGAUCUUCCCAAAGAUUUAAGAAGGGAUAUUAAGCGUCAUCUUUGCUUAGAUUUGCUGAUGAGGGUGCCGAUGUUUGAGAAAAUGGAUGGACAACUUUUGGACGCAAUGUGUGACCGUCUCAAGCCAAUACUUUACACAGAACAAAGCUACGUUGUUCGGGAAGGAGACCCCGUCGAUGAGAUGCUCUUCAUAAUGCGAGGCAAGCUGUCGACCAUAACAACUAACGGCGGUAGAACUGGCUUCUUCAACUCCGAGUUCUUAAAAGCUGGCGACUUCUGUGGAGAGGAGCUUCUCACAUGGGCCUUAGAUCCUCAUUCCUCAUCCAACCUUCCCAUUUCCACCAGGACGGUCCAAACCAUCAUAGAAGUCGAAGCCUUUGCCCUAAAAGCUGACGAUCUGAAGUUCGUGGCGUCUCAGUUCCGGCGCCUUCACAGCAAGAAGCUGCGCCACACUUUCAGAUUCUACUCGCAACAAUGGCGUACAUGGGCCGCAUGUUUUAUACAAGCUGCUUGGCGGCGCUACUGUAAGAAGAAGCUUGAAGAGUCUCUUGUUGAAGAGGAGAACAGGCUGCAAGAUGCUUUGGCAAAGGCUGGUGGUACCUCAACAAGUCUAGGUGCCACCAUGUAUGCUUCCAGGUUUGCUGCCAAUGCACUCAGAUUAUUGCGACGAAACCGUACUGCAAGGAAGAUAAGGGUGCCAGAGAGAAUACCCGCUCUGUUGCUUCAGAAGCCUGAAGAACCUGACUUUACUGAGGAAGAACAAUAGCAUGUAGUUGGAUAUUGGUUUUACUAAUUAGGAAAGGUGAACAUAGUUAUAAUAUAGUUGGAUAUGUCUGGUUUACUAAUCAGGAAAAGUAAACAUGCAACAAAACUUUGGUAGAAUAUGUUCAUAUUGAAAUUUGAGUGAAGUUGUAUAUGUAAAUAUAUAUGUUAUUGUUAUUAUAUGAUUUUCAGGUUAAAUUUUGCUUUCCA